UUGUCCCGCGUAGCUUGUUUUAACACAGUAAACACACAGACUACAGUCUGAUAUACUCACCUCUGAACAGAGAAAGAGUUAACGCUUACUAUGAUUAGCAGCUAAAGCUAAUGCUGCUCCAGCAGUGCUUGCCGGGCUUAGCAGCAGACUACAGGCUGAUAAUACUCACCUCUGAACAGCCAAAAAGUUAGCGCUGAGCACAGUUAUCAGCUAAAGCUAAUGCUGCUCUAGCAGUGCUUGCCGGGCUUAGCAGCAGUCUACAGGUGGAUAAUAUUCAUUUCUGAACAGCUAAAGAGCUAGCGCUGGUGCUAGAGCUAGCUAGCGGCUAAUGCUAAUGCUACUCCAGUCUUAGUGUUGGAGAAACUUCACUGAAACUCCUGUAUAACUCUGUACUUCAGUGGAGUGGCUUUACUGCUCCUUAAUACCUGACUGGUAGAAUUCAUACAUAAGGAGCACCGGAUUAUAAGGAGUUCUGUCAAUUUUGGGGAAUUUUUUUGUUUCCUUCCAAAAUGUUUUUCUCUGUUUUUUUUUUUCUGAUAAAGGUUCAGAACAGAGACCAGAACUUCAGAGAGUAGAACUGCAGUGAUCCAAGAUCCAGGAUGAAGUUGGUUCAAGAGAUUUGUUGGUUAUGGAGAGACUUUGUCUCAUUUUUCCGUGAUGAGAGACGAAUGCAGGAGCAGAUGAACCAGGAGGCCAUGCUGCUGCAGCUUCAGACAGACAGGAUAAAGUCGGAGAAGAAGCUGGAGAAGCUCAAGAGGCAGAUGAAGAAGAUAGAGAAGGAGGAGAAGAAGCUUGAGACAAAGAGGAGGCAGAGAGAGAUGGAAAAGGAGAGAGAGCAGAGGAGAGAAAGAGAGUGGUGGAGAAGCCAGACGGUGCAUGAUUGCCAGCCGGAGAUCGUCUUUGAUAGGAAGAAGGAGCGAGGCCUCAGGAAGAGUGAAUUCAGUGUGGAGCGACAGAGCUCACUCCUCCUUCAGCAGAUCCAGAGCCAGAAGGAGAAGGAGCGUCUGGAGUGGAGAGCGAAGGAGCACAUGCUGAAGAAGCAGCUCGAGAAACUAAAGGAGCAAGUGAGGCAGUUAGAGCAGUUCAAGGAAGAAAGAAGAUGCAGGAGCUUCAGGGCGAGGCAGUCGCCACCUCCAACCUCAGGGUUCGAGGAGGAGCUCAGGAGGCAGCUGGAGAACCUUCAGACUAGACUGGAGGCCCAGCAGGAGCUUGAGAGAAAGAAGGAGAAGGAGCGAGAAGAAGAUAGAAGGAGAGAAGAAAAGAAAACGAGGAUGAAGCAGAGCCUUGAGGAGCUGGACCAGAAGCGCCAGGAGAUGGAGGCUCAGAUAGAGGUUGAGAAGAGGGCAAUGAUAGAGAGAGAGAUGGGUAUUCAGGAAGAGACUGAGAGAGAGAGACAGGUGGGGAAGGAAAGAGAACAGGAGGAGAGACAGCUCCAGAGAGCUCUGGAGGAGAAAAUAGAAAGAGAACUGAAGGAGAAAGAAGAGGAGUUGGUUAGAGAGAAGAAAAUAAUGGAAGAGAAGGAGAGAGAGAUGAAAAGGAGACUGGAAGAGCUUAGGAAAAAGAUGGAGGAAGAUCACGAGAAGAGAAAAAGACAGAUGAAGAGGCAGUACGAGGAGAGAGAGAAAGAAAUGGAGAGGAAGAUAAAGGAAGAAGAAGAGAAACAGAGAGAAGAUAUGAGAAAAAUGCAGGAGGAAGAGGAGCUUAUUCUGUGGCGCCAGAAGAGCGAAAGAAUGAGAGAGGAGGAAGUUAGAGCUGAGAAACAGAGAGCACUCGAGGAGAAAGAGGAGGAGAUGGUGAGGGAGAGAGAAAGGAUGGAAGAAAAGGAGAGAGAGAUGAAAAGGAAGCUAGAGGAGCAAAAGAAAAUGAUGGAGAAGGAGCAGGAAGAGAGCAUGAGAGCGUUUGAGAGACGACAGGAGAGGAGGAAGAAGAAGAUGGAAAAAAGGAUGGAGGCGAUUCAGCAAGAGAUGGAGAGAAAGAGAGAGCAUGAAAAGGAGGAAGAGGAGAUAAGAAGGGAGACUGAGAGAGUGCAGGAGGAGAGAGCUCUAGAAGAGAUAGAGAAAGAGAAGGAGAAAGAGAUUAGAAGAAGGGAGAAAAAGAGAAUGCAGGAGGAAGAGGAGGAGAGAAAAAGGGAGAUUGAGAGAGUGCUAGAAGAGAGAAGGCAAAAGAAGGAAAAAAAGAUGAGAAGAAGGGAGAUAGAGAGAGUGCAGGAGGAAGAGGAGGAGAGGAAAAGGGAGAUUGAGAGAGUGCAUGAGGAGAGAGUGCUAGAAGAGAGAAGGCAAAAGAAGGAGAAAAAGAUGAGAAGAAGGGAGAUAGAGAGAGUGCAGGAGGAAGAGGAGGAGAGAAUAAGGGAGAUUGAGGGAGUGCAUGAGGAGAGAGUGCUAGAAGAGAGAAGGCAAAAGAAGGCGAAAAAGAUGAGAAGAAGGGAGAUAGAGAGAGUGCAGGAGGAGGAGAGAAAACAGGAGUUAGAGAGGGAGCAAGAGAAGGAGAAAGAGAUGAGAAGAAGGGAGACAGAAAGAGUGCAGGAGGAGAGAGCUCUAGAGGAAAGACAGCGAGAGAAGGAGAAAGAGAUGAGAAGAAGGGAGAUAGAAAGAGUGCAGGAGAAGAGAGCUCUAAAAGAGAGGCUGCAGCAGGAGGAGGAGAGAAAACAGGAGUUAGAGAGAGAGCAGGAGGAGAGACAGCGAGAGAAGGAGAAAGAGAUAGAGUUAGAGCAGGAGGAGAAAUGGAGAGAAAUGGAGUCUAAAGAUAAAAGAGAUGAAGAGGAAGAGGCUGAGCAGAAAGGCAGGAAGUCUGAGCUGGAUGUGCAGGAAGUCCAGAAGAUUCAGGAGGCCAGAAGAGAACAUAUGGCCCGGGAGAUGCAGAGAAAGAGGGAACUGAUGAAGAAGAGGUUCUCUUCAGAAGAACGCAUCUUUAGAACAACUGAAAACGGGAGCAGACACUGCGGCAUUGUGGGUAAAAGGAGAAGCUGUGGUUUGACUCAGGAGAAGAAAGAGCAAGAGAGCCCUGAGCAAGAGGAAGAGAAGGAGGAGCCAAUCUCCAUACCCCGGUUCAUCAUAGUCAAAUCCCUGAACCCCAUUGCUGAGCCUGAGGAAGUUCCUGAGGUGGCUCAGGAGAAGAGCUCCACUGGCUGUGAGGAAGUCAGCCCUCUGAAAGAGCCAUCAGAGACCUUGGAGGCUCCAGAGGAGAUCACAGACAGUGGGGUAGACCAGCAGCAGUCCGUCUUGGUGCCACCCUUUCACAAGGAGAUGGUACAGUGCUGUGUGCAGCAGUACAGAGAAGACAAGAACAAGACCCUCUACUCCAUGUACACCGAGAAGAACUUCUUGUUACUGAUGUUCGCCAGGAAGAACAAGUCCAAAAAGGCCUAUGAAAUCACAAUGUGCAAUAAGUUGUGCCUUAACGAAAAAAUUGUGGCUGAACUAAGAUACAACAGCAGUGCUACAAAGUUCACGCUGCACAGAACGAACCCUGCUAAAGAAGAAGAAGACAUUUUGACCAUCAGCUAUAAGCUCAGCCUUUUAAAGGAUGACAAGACCAGCGUUAUCUUACACUGCAUGUGCAAGAAUGGGUCUGAGGGAAAUCCAGCCGGCAGGUGUGGGAAAAAGAUGAAACUGGAGAACAAGAAGCCAUUCUGGAACCCGGAGAAGCGCACCUACUGCCUCGACUUUAAGGGAAGAGCUGCAAAAGCAUCAGUGAAGAACUUCCAGCUCAUCUCUCCCGAAAAACCGGACCAUAUCAUGAUGCAGUUCGGGCGGAGAGAUGAGAAGUGGUUCAUUCUGGACUACAGAGCCCCUUUUAGUGCUCUGCAAGCCUUCGCCGUGAGCCUGGCCUGCUUUGAGGCCAAAUGAGCACCUGUUCGGGCAUUAUAUUCGAUUAAUGUGGUGGAAUGUGAUUUUUUAUCAAUAAGUUUAUGACCAGAGGAGGAUGGGUCUCCCCUGUGAGCCGGGUUCCUCCCAAGGUUUCUUCCUCCAGCUUUGAGGGAGUUUUUCCUUGCCACUGUCGCCUGUGGCUUGCUCACUGUGGGAUUUAUGAGUAGUUAUCAUGUAUUGUUGGCUCGAUUGGGGCCGGUGUUGCUGCACAUUUUCAUUCAAACCCAGGGGUGUCCAAACUACGGCCCGAGGGCCAUUUGCGGCCCGUUUCCUGUUUUGGAGCGGCCCGCGAGGUAUUUAAGAAAUAGAAUGAAAGUUGGCCCGCUGUUAAGCAGGGUUUAUAUAAUGUGAGAUUCAAAGUUUGAACGCUAGGUAUCAGAAACGGGCCAAAGAGUCUAAAAGCGGAGAGGGUGUGCAUUUCUAGCGCCGAAAAUUGGGCCAAAGAGUCUAAAAGCGGAGAGGGUGCGCAUUUCUAGCUCCGAAAAUCGGGCCGAAGAGUCUAAAAGCAGAGAGAGUGCGCAUUUCUAGCUCCGAAAAACGGGCCAAAGAGUCUAAAAGCAGAGAGAGUGCGCAUUUCUAGCUCCGAAAAACGGG